AUGACGAACGCCUGCGCAACGUGCGCCUCCUCCUUCGGCUCCCCACAAGACCCAGCAUCAGAAAAAGCCCCCCUCCCCGGACGAUAUCUAGGCUGCUGCGGACGAUCGAUAUGUUCAAGAUGUCUCAACCAAAAUAAACGCUACGAAACAUACUGUCCUUAUUGCCAAAUCACCACGGAACCCUCAUUACUCCCGCAAGGAUUGAAAGACCCCCCGGCAUAUUCAUCACUGGAGAACCAUCAUCAACAACGCUCGCCACCGAACCACCACCAUCCCCAAAACGACGACGACGAACUCCCCGCCUACUCCACCCACGCACCCCUCCACGCCCCACGAGAGAAAUUCCAACCCGCCGAAGACGUCCUGCACUUCCUCCAACCCGCCGACUCCCUCCCCUCCCUCUCCCUCGCCUACUCCGUGCCCCUCCCCGCCCUCCGCAAAGCCAACAACCUCUACGCCGACCUCCUCCUCCAAGGCCGCAAAACCGUCCUCAUCCCCGGGGAAUUCUACAAAGGCGGCGUGUCCCUCUCCCCGGAACCCGUCGAGGGCGAAGAGGAGGACGCGAGGAAGAGGAAGCUGAGGAGGUUUCAGGUGGCGACGAAGGUUGCUGAAUAUGAUGUUGCGAUGUUAUAUCUUAAGAACGCGGAUUGGAAUCUCGAGGCGGCGAUCGAUGCAUACAAAGAAGACGAACAGUGGGAGAAGGCGCACCCACUUGAAGCGCAGUCCAAGAAGAAAGGGAAAAGUGCGAAAGAUGUUGGCAUGAGACGAUUUGUAGGCGCCAGUACGAGUGUGAGCAGUAGUGCGAGAUGA